UCUUUAUUACUUUUCCAAUACAAGUAGGCACAAUGAUACUUGUUUUACUUUGUUGUAUUAGCAAACAAGUUACGUAUUUUCAGAAGAACAAAAGGGGCGAUGUUCCCGGCUGGAUUAGCAUUUUCUCUCCGAUUUCUGCGGUGCGGGGCUCACUUUUCAUCCGCGGAUCUGCCACGCCCACAGCCCCCAAAGGAAUGUCUCGAAGUUCUAGAUCAUAACAAACCUAAACAACAGGGCAAAGGCGAAACAUAUGAUGGACCACGCUUUAUAUGCCUUCAAAAGGAUUUUAAACGGCAUCGGUUGACGGAAGGCCCAAGUACGAUGGUGUCUCUUAAUAAACUCGAGGCCCUGCGGUACUAUCGUCAACUGCUGGCCCUUCGUCAUUUGGAAAUGGCAGCCUCGAAUCUUUGCAAGGAGCGAUUAAUUCGAGGAUUCUGUCAUUUGUAUACUGGCCAAGAGGCUUGCGCCGUGGGAAUCCGUGCCGCGAUGGGCGAACAGGAUAAAGUAAUUUCAGGAUAUCGAAUACACGGCUGGGCGUACAUGAUGGGCGUGUCUGCUCAAGGUGUCCUUGCUGAACUCACCGGGCGUUUAACAGGCUGUUCGGGUGGAAAAGGCGGUUCCAUGCACAUGUACGGAAAGAAUUUCUAUGGCGGAACUGGAAUAGUUGGAGGUCAGGUACCCUUGGGAGCCGGACUGGCUUUUGCUGGAAAGUAUCUGAAAGACGAAUCAGUAUCUUUAGCUAUCUAUGGCGAUGGUGCUGCUAAUCAGGGCCAGAUUUUUGAAACAUUUAACAUGGCACAACUUUGGAAGUUACCCAUAAUUUUUGUAUGCGAAAACAGCAACUACGGCAUGGGCACAAGUUCCCAAAGAGCCUCCAGCAACAAUGAAUAUUAUAAAAGAGGGGACCAUAUGCCUGGCAUCCAAGUCGAUGGUCAGGAUGUUUUGGCCGUAAGGAGUGCCACCACUUUUGCCAUCCAACAUGCCAAGAAAAGGGGUCCUCUAAUACUAGAACUGAAAACCUAUCGCUAUGGCGGUCAUUCAAUGUCGGAUCCUGAAACGAGUUAUACGAGUAGGGAGGAAAUCCAAAACGUUAGAAUGGAGCAAGACCCCAUCAAGAAUUUUCAACAGGUUAUUAUGAAAGAAUUCAACAUUUCGCAGGAUGAGAUUAAGGAACUGGAUAAGCUAGUGAUAAUUGAAAUUGAGGAGGCCACAAAGGCAGCAAGAUGCGCUGCGGAACCCAGUUUACCACAUCUCUGGAGCGAUAUUUAUUCGGGUUAUUAUGAGGGGCACAUAAGGAAUGUCAAAGAACAUUCAUUGAAACAUAUAAAUUUGCAUAAGAUAUAUGAUGUUAAAGCUUAGACCGAAUCAUAAAAUUCAAAGUUCUAAACUGUAAAAUCAUACAAAUAAAUA